CGAGUCACGUGGCCGCAGCUGCCGCUUGUGGAAGGACUCGCGUGCAAGAGCAGCCGCCACCCGAAAUGCCGAAGGGAGGAAAGGGAAAAACUCCGAACUCUGCACAGCUGCCCAUUAGCAAAUUCCGAAGGAAAUUAGUGGAGACCAUUCAAGGCAACACGUUUGUUGUGGUGACUGGUGAGACGGGAAGCGGAAAAACCACCCAACUUCCCAAAUAUUUAUUUGAAGAAGGGUAUGCCAGGCAUGGCACAAUUGCUGUGACGCAGCCGCGGCGCAUGGCUGCCAUCUCUGUGGCCGAAAGAGUGGCAGAGGAGCUAGGCUGCCCAGUGGGGGGCCUCGUGGGAUACCAGGUUCGCUUUGAGGAAUGCAUCUCCGAGGAAACCGCGAUCAAGUAUCUGACGGAUGGGUGCUUGUUAAGGCAAAUCCUGGCGGACCCGCAUCUGACCCAAUACAGCAUCGUUAUUCUAGACGAAGCUCACGAACGGAGUCUCUGCACGGAUAUCCUCUUUGGCCUCUUGAAGCAGCUCUUCCACCACGACAAAGAACUUAAAAGGAAGGAACCCUUGAAGGUGGUCGUGAUGUCUGCCACCUUGGAUGUGGAGAAGUUCUCGGCCUUCUUUGGGAAUUGCUCGGUGGUGGAGAUUCCAGGAAGAACAUACCUGGUGGAGGAGAUCUUCUGUGAUGCUCUGGGCCCCAGAGAUGCCAACAGUUCUGCCUUCAUCACAGAGACUGUCAAAGUGACCCUGGAUGUCCAUUUGAAUGGCUCGGCUGGAGACAUCCUGGUUUUUCUGACAGGACAAUCGGAGAUUGAAAGAGCUUGCGAGCUUCUCUUCCAGAAAGCCGAAAUGAUAGAUUACCGCUUUAACGUAAGAGAUCGCUCCGUGGACGGCUUACUUAUCUUGCCAUUGUAUGGCUGCAUGCCAACAGAUCAGCAAAGACAGAUCUUCGUGCCGCCUCCGCCAGGGAUCAGGAAGUGUGUCGUGUCCACAAAUAUCGCAGCCACAUCUUUGACCAUCGAUGGGAUCAAAUACGUGGUUGAUAGUGGGUUUGUGAAGCAGCUAAACCACAACCCAAGAGUUAGCUUGGAUGUGCUGGAGGUAGUGCCAAUUUCGAAGAGUGAGGCGGUGCAACGCGCGGGCCGGGCCGGUCGAACGGCAUCUGGGAAAUGCUUCCGGGUCUAUAACAAGGACUUCUGGGAAGAGUGCAUGCCGGACCACAUGGUUCCAGAGAUCAAACGGACCAGUUUGACAUCCGUGAUGCUGACUUUGAAGUGCCUGGCCAUCCACAACGUCAUCAGCUUUCCAUAUUUGGACCAUCCGGAUGAGAAGCACAUUCUAGUCGCCCUUAAGCAGCUCUAUCAAUGCGGAGCAAUUGACAGGCAAGGUCACGUGACCAAAUUGGGCCAGCUGAUGGUUUGGCUUCCUCUGCCUCCUAACUUGUCCUGUGCCGUCCUCAAGGCUGCCUCUCUGGGCUGUGAUGACUUGCUGCUCCCCAUUGCGGCCAUGUUUUCUGUGGAGAAGGUCUUCAUUCAUCCAGGGCAGGAACAGAAGCAGAAGGAAGCUGAGCUACGGCACCAGCAGCUCUCUCUACAAAUGGGAGGAAGCAAUGACUUUACCACUCUCCUGAAUAUCUUUGAGCAAUGCAAAGCAAGCGAGUCUCCUUCUGUUUGGUGUCAAGAAAACUGGGUCCAUUGGAGAGCUGUGAAGCUGGCAUUCAGCGUAGAAAGACAGCUCCGUGAAAUCAUCGACAGGCUGAAACAGCUGCCAGACUUCCCAAAGGAAGACUAUGACGGUUCCCGAAACGAGAUCCUAAGGAGGUGUCUCUGCGCAGGUUAUUUUGCCAACGUGGCCCGGAGGUCUUCAGGGAAGUCUUUUCGCACCAUGGACGGCCAUGGCAGUGUGGCCUAUAUUCAUCCAUCAUCUGCUCUCUAUGAUCAGGAAGACCAGCUGGACUGGAUCCUCUUCCAUGAUGUUGUAGUGACCUCCAAGAUUUACUUAAGGACGGCGUGUCCAAUUCGCUACGCCUGGGUGCAGGAUCUGCUUCCUCGGCUUCACCAGAUCGACGCUUAUGAGCUGAGCAGCAUGGCCCGGGAGAACGUGACAGAGGAAGAAAUGGCUAAUUGGAGGAGGAAGGAAGACCUCAAAAGACAGAACGAAAAGGCACCAGGUGAACCUGCCAGGAAGAUGGAGAAACGGAACGACGAGCAAUCGAUCAGAGAUGCUCGUGCUCGGUACCUGGAGAGGAAGCAGCAAAGAAUGCAAGGAUCCAGCAAUUCUGCGAAGGACUUUAGCUAGGACUGUCAACGCUGCCGCCGUUGCCAUCAAUCUGAUUCCUAUUGGGAUUAUUCGCAUUUGGGAAAGAGGUUAGACCUAACCAGGAGGAAAAAUAGAUGAUCCACAAAAGUUUGAAGAAUCACUUUAUCCCUGUAGGGGAAUAAAUACAAUCUGGUAUAUAAUGACGCAAGGGAUGUGGUGACUCAGUGGCCAAGAUGCUGAGCUUGUUGUUCGAAAGGUCAGCAGUUCAGCGGUUCGAAUCCCUAGCGCCACGUAACGGGGUGAGCUCCCGUUACUUGUCCCAGCUUCUGCCAAUCUAGUGGUUCAAAAGCAGGUAAAAAAAUGCAAGUAGAAAUAAUAGGGACCACCUUUGGUGGGAAGAAAGGGAACAACGUUCCGUGUGCCUUUGGCGUUGAGUCAUGCCGGCCACAUGACCACGGAGACGUCUUCGGACAGCGCUGGCUCUUCGGCUUUGAAACGGAGACGAGCACUGCCCCCUAGAGUCGGGAAUGACUAGCACACAUGUGCGAGGGGAACCUUUACCUUUACCUAUAUAAUGACAACAAUCAGUCAUUACUGGGCACACUGAGAAAUUAACUGCUGAACAAAACUCCACAUUGGCGACAGGAAGGGCAUCCGGCCAUUAAAACACUCUCCACCCCGCAAGGGAUUGUGGGGUCGUUAAAAAUGAAGAUGAUAUAAUGACAAUCCGUAGAAAUGAGGCAGCGUUGAGGGCUGUAGCUGUUAGUUGGAAUUUGUGAGAAUUUCUGCUCGGGAAGAGACCAUCGUCCCUUGCAGGCUCCAUUUGAGGGAUCGGUAUUACAUCUGACACUCUAGGUUGGUUGCUAAGAGGCAGGUGAGGUUGUUUCGAUUGCACUGGUCCCGAACUCCAGUGUACCAAUAAAGGAGAAUAUUUGUAACUCAGGGUUGACACGAGGGGUCCUUGGUGCUCUCUGAGCUUGCUUCUUUUCUUGCAGACGUUUCAUUACCCAACUAGGUAACAUCAUCAAUGCUAGUAAGGAGUGGUGCUUGCUGUCAGCUUAUAUCCUGGUGCCUUGCCUGUCUGUGUGAGUGAGGGCGGUUGUAGAGAUUCUUGGGUUAGGCUGUUUACUGAUCUUGAAUCAAGAAAGUGCCAAAGAGCCAUCAGUAAACACCCCAACCAAAGUGUCGUGUCCCACUCCUCCGCUGACGGCCAGGUCAGGGAAAUCCGAAUCAGGCGUGCCUCUGCAGCUCUGCCCAAAGUCCUAGCAAAGUCCUCAGAGCAGGCAGGAGACCAGAAAGUGACUUCAGCAAGAUAUGUUUAGACUUUGCCUGACUCAGAGAAUGCCAGAAAGCAGGUCCUUUAUAUAGGCCAUGGGGUGUGGCUCCAUGACUCAGCACUUAUCCAGGCCUGCCCCUCCCUUCCUUCUGUUGCCUCCGUCUAUCAAGUCUUCUGACGCGAGGAUCACUCCAGUUGGCAGCUGUUGGUAAUUGACCUCCCUCAGGCUCACAUGCUGUGGGGGAGGGGGAGGGUUCUAGUUGCUUCGUUUGCCUGGGCAUGGAGCCAGGGCUGGGGCCGGGGGAUGCUCCCUCCUCUGCAGCCUGCUUGGGCAUGGAGCCAGGGCUGGGACCGGGAGGUGCCCCCUCCUCUUCAGCUUGUCUGGGCAUGGAGCCAGGACUGGGAACGGGAGACAUACAUUCCUCCGUGUUCGGGAGCAGAUAAGAAGGCCCCGGCUGCUGUGAGCGCGGGCAAGACACAACAGCCUGACUCAGAGAAUGCCAGAAAACAGGUCCUUUAUAUAGGCCAUGGAGUGUGGCUCCAUGACUCAGCACUUAUCCAGGCCUGCCCCUCCCUUCCUUCUGUUGCCUCCGUCUAUCAAGUCUUCUGACGCGAGGGUCACUCCAGUCUGCAGCUGUUGGCAAUUGAUCUCCCUCAGGCUCACAUGCUGUGGAGGAGGGGGAGGGGUCUAGUUGCUCCGUUUGCCUGGGCAUGGAGCCAGGGCUGGGGGCUGGAGAUACUUCCUCCUCUUCAGCCUGUCUGGGCAUGGAGCCAGGGCUGGGGCCGGGAGGCAUACUAGGACAUUCCUCCGUGUUCGGAAGCAUAAGAAGGCCCCGGCUGUGGUGAGAUCGGACGAGACACAACACAAAGAAUCUCUAAGACCACCCCCUACCCACAGAGACAAGCAAUAUACACUGACAGCAAACAGCACUCCUUAUCAGCACUGAUGACGUUACCUAGUUGGGUAACGAAACGUCUACAAGAAAACAAGCAAGCUCAGAGAGCACUAGGGACCCCUCAAACCCCAGUGUUUCUGAAGUCAUGUCUGAACUAUAUAGGUAGUCCUCGAAUUAUGACUGUAAUGCAGCCCACCCAUCUUGGUCAUAACUGCAACAAUCGUAAAUCGGGAUUGAUUUUAUGAUCAUUUCUGUGGCGGUCAUUAAGCAUGGUUUGCUAUGAGCUAGUUUAGCCCAAAAACUAAGUAAGCUUGGUCAAAACCGUCAUAAAACGCAGCUAGGUGACAUCAGAAUGUUGCAAACAGCCAUAGAUGUGAGUUAUUGAAUUAUGACUUGAAUUAUGACCGCAUGACAGCAGAGGGCACAGCUGUCAGAACUUCGAAUCAGAUUUGCAAGUAUACUCCCAGGGAGUUUUGUCAUAAUUUCAAAUGGUCACUAAGCAACCGGUCAUACAGAGAACUAUCUAUAUAAAUCCAAAUUAGUUUACCUUCACUUGUCCCUGGGGUUUCUUGUGAUGUAUCCAGAGGUGGGCUGUUGCUGGGUCAGACCGGUUCGAGAAAACCGGUAGUUCCAACCACCGGCUGGGCCCAACCACCAGUUCCGGCGCUAUCCCGUCCUAUCUGCCUCGCUCACUCCGCCCAUGCAGCCCAGUUGAUUUCCGUGCCUUGUCCGCUGUAUUCACCGCGGCUGCCCGAGGUAUGAUAGAAGCCGCGCGCAUGAAAUCGCCAUGUGUUCGAAGCCGCGUGCAAGCUCACAUUUUCGGUUCUGCACUAAGCGAAACGGUUGUUAAAUUAUGCGAAGCCCACCUACGGGGAUAUCCCAUGAAUUGCAGUAGCAGGAAAAUUCAUUACACGCAACUAAGAUAUGGUUAAAAAGCUAGUUUGCAGUUCUGCUGAAAUCAGAAGCAAACUGAUGAGAAUUUUUGAUGCUUGAACAUUACAGCAUCGUCGUAAUAAAUCCUGAUUCUUUCUCUUCCCCAAAUUGGGGGAGGGGGGGGGAAUCCUAAAAUGAAUAUAUUUAAACUUUUUGGAGAUCUUGUUUCUUGUUUUCAUGUACAGCCAUUGAUUUUUCUUUUCCUCUGGCUGGUGCGAUUUGAAUUUAGCGUAUCGGCUCAGAUUUAUUCGGGUAAGUUACAUUUUCGAACGGGAGCUUUUAUCGUAUAGGUUUCUUGUUUCAUAUUACCGAGCUAUAUUGUGUGCACAUGUAAUAUAUUCUGCAGCAGCUGCCUUCGGUUUGUAAAAUAUGGGAAUAAAUUUUUGUACUCUUGCUAUAAAUCUCUGAUGGCU